GCAGGGGCGCGCGCCGUCACGUCACGCGAGAGGGCACAGGAAAGAAAAAAAAAUAAAGGAACACGAACAACAUCUAUCCGUGCAGCUAGCUUGCAAUAAAAUCCCCAGCAGACUAUCUGCCGAAAUGUUCACCCCACCCUUAAUGUUCCUAAAGGACUGCAUGAAAUCUUAAAGUGGGCUUCUAGUGGAGGAAUGAGGAAGUGGAUGUAACAUCAGAGCAGAAGAUAUGAGUUUCUCCGAGCAUGGGGAUCCCCCAGGCAGAGAGAUGCUUGAGAAGGAGAAAAGCCCAAAUAAAGACAUUAAGAAAGAGCUAGAGGAAUGUGCUGUUUGUGAGAAAGUUGAAGCCCCUGGAGGAUGGUCUCAUGGCACUAGUGAGGCCACUAAACGACCUGCAGAGACGGACUCCGAUGUUAUAAUUGCUGAAGUGGGCCAGCCUACCAGUAGCAAGAGAGUUAGGGUCUCUCAAGAGGGGCAAAAGUUAAUGGAAAAGUUGCCUGAGGCUGUCCCCAGGCCUCAACCUGUAUGCCUUGCAACUGCUGGAGAGAAGAAAGACCUCAACCAGGAGAAGACUAGGGUCUCUUUCCGGAAGCCCCUCUACAGUAUCUCUCACAGGAUCACAGAAAAGAGGGUCACAUCAAGCCUAGACCCACAUACACACCACGAGGGUGGAGUGAAGCUAAGUUACAGUGGCCUCUUAUCCCCAAAGCUGCCCUCCAUGGGAGAGCACAGCCGGUGUGAACCCCUCCUCCCUGCCGCGGGUGGGACACUAGGUUCUGCAUCCUCAACGGACUCCAACUUUUACCCGUUGAUAGAAAAAAUGUUUUUUAUCCUUAAUACUCUGAACUCAAGCAUGACACAGCUCCACAGCAAGGUGGAUCUACUCUCGCUGGAGGUAACUCGCAUUAAGAAACAAAUCAAACCCUCAGAGAUGGUGACCGAGUUUCAGCCCCCACCAGAGUACUUGCUGACAAGCGAAGAGCUAAGGCAGCUCAUGGAGCAGACGUCGACUGCGGGUGAGCUGGGAUGCAGACUGCUGGUUCAUCUCUUCCCUGAGCUCUUUAAGGGCACGGAAUGCACCCACGGCUGCAUAGCCAGCAAAAGAACUCUAGAUUCUCUCCACCUGCAGCUCAUACGCAACUACGUUGAGGUGUGCUUCCCUCUAGUUAAAAAUAACAAUAUCUGGCAGGAUGAAUGCCUUUUACAGAUCAAUGACUUUUUCAAUAGCUUCUGGGCUCAGAAGGAUAUGGAGAGUGGACAGCCAAGCAGGAAACAGACAGUCACAGGCCUUGAUAUUAAGGCUGAGACCUGCCAUUUCAUCAACGAAGACGGUCAAGAAGAGCACCUGUCAUUAGACACAAAUGGACACCAAAACAACCUGGUUGUCUCGGACCUGGUGCAUGACACUCAGAUCAGGGAGGACCUUGAUGAGUUUUCCUCACCUGAGGACUUUGUUAUUUUUCUUGUCAAUCGUCUUUUCCCAGAGGUGUUUGAUGAGGGCAGAAUGUCAGAGGGUCAGGGUGGUAUCAGUAGUGUGGGUCAGUUGAUUCUGGACUCAAACAGAAUCGAGAUCAUUCGGAAGUAUAUGGAGGCAAACUUCCCAGAAGUCCCUGAAGAUACCUGGCUGCAGGUAUGUGUCCAGCGUAUGGAGGAUGCCCUGGAGCGUCCUCAUAGCAACAGCAGUGAACCUGAUCAUUUAAAUGAUGAGAGCUAUGACUCCACAAGCCUUCCUGACGACGUCUCCAUCAUCAAGAUUAGUGACCUGUGUGAUUUUGAAAGGCCAAUUCGGAAGUCUAAAAAGUCCUUGCUCAGCCCAGUCGAUUUUGACAAAAUGGAGGUGCCUCUGCCAGGUUUUGUUGUUCCUAAGGAGUACCUACUGUCAAAGGAGCAGCUGAGGAACAACUACGACUGCAGCCUGUCGAUAGGUAACUUUGCCUCUCGCCUGUUGGUAUUGAUGUUUCCCGAGCUCUUCACCUAUGAGAACGCUCGGAAGCAUUACAACUGUAGUGGCUCUUUGGGGAAGAAGCAGCUGGAUCCUGUCCGAGUCAACCUGAUUCGCCACUAUGUACAGUUACUGUACCCACGAGCCAAGAAUGACAGGGUCUGGACUUUGGAGUUUGUGGGUAAACUGGACGAGCGGUGCCGGCGACGUGACACAGAACAGAGGAGGUCGUACCAGCAGCAACGCAAAGUCUAUCCUCCAGACUAUGAACAAGAGCCUGGAGACUUCUUGAUGGUUUGCCAAGAGAACCAGCUGAAUACAGAUAACUUGCAGAAGGAGGACUUUGAUAUGCCCCCUCUACCUCCUGAGAAAAGUAGCAAAGAUUUCUGCAAGAUUCCAUUGGACGAACUGACUGUGUCAAUACCGGACUUCCCUGUGCCUUCUGUCUACCUGCUCUCAGACACAGAGGUGCGGGAAAUCGUCCAGCAGAGUCUCUCAGUGGGAAACUUUGCAGCUCGCCUGCUUGUGCGCCUCUUCCCUGAGCUGUUCACCCAAGAGAACCUGCGGCUUCAGUACAACCACUCAGGCGCGUGCAACAAGAAGCAGCUAGACCCAGUGCGCCUCAGGCUCAUACGGCACUAUGUGGAGGCUGUGUAUCCUGUAGACAAAAUGGAGGAAGUUUGGCAUUAUGAAUGUGUGCCAAGCAUUGAUGAACGCUGCCGGCGACCAAACCGUAAAAAAUGUGACAUCUUGAAGAAGGCCAAAAGAUCAAGUACUGUGUCCUAGUCACAAUGCUGUGCCCAUAGGCAACACUUUACUUUUUUAAUGAACUUUGCACAAGUAUAUAUACGUUGAAUAGCAUAGUGGAAACUUAACAAACACUGUCCUAUGUAGAGUGAGGCCAUCUUGUUUAAUCUUUAUGAUUUACCAUCAGUAGUCUAUUGUUAUUGGAUGUAUUUGUAUUUUGGACUACAAAGUGUAGUGAAGUACUCUUAUCAUUUGAUAAAAAUGGUAAGACUAGCAUAUAUUUGUAUGCCAAAAGAAUACUGUCUUUAGCUAAUCUAACUCACCAUGUUGAUAAGCUGUAGCCUUAAAAACAAUAACAAUAUAUUUGUAGUAACAUUAGUUAAGUCACUAGAAAUAAAGUGAUCCCAAACCAGUCACUUUCUUUUCAUCACAAACAUGUUGUAGCAAAUGUGCCACCACUGUUUUUAACAAUAUUUAUGUUAUACCUUCUUAGAUUCUGUAUUAAACCAUGGCAACAGAUUGCGUUAAUCUAUUUGUAAUAAAAUCACAUAACUAUCCA